CGCGCAGGCCACACGGCCGUGUGGCUCACCCAGUUGCCCGUGUGAGUCAAAACGCGGCGUAUCAUUAAGUCGAAAUUCAGGCUUCCCACACGGCCAGGGUCGCACGGUCAUGUGGGAUUUCCAUCCUGCCCGUGUUUGCUCUCGGCGAAAAUCACACGGUCACAAAUGUGAGUUGUACGGCCGUGUGAUGUCCAGGAAUGCCCGUGCGGCUUCCUUAGCACCUCGCCACGCGUUCGAUCUUCGUCCAAUCGACCCCAAACUCGCUCCCAAGCCUCCAUUCACGUACUAGGACCUGAAAUAUCACAAACAAGCACAACCUAGCGUGAAAUCGGCCUAAAACACGAGAAUCAACACCUCAAACGGUGUAAGAACAUGGGUAAAAACAUGUGUAAUUAACGGUCUAUCAUGUGGUCUGCAGGCUGGGUUGGAUGAGGAAGGCAGGAAGCAUCAAUGGUUUGAGAUAGAGCUGUAUCCUAUGCCAUUUCCUAAUUAUGCUAUACUUAAGGUAAUUAGAUGGUAGGACUAUUACAAGCUAAAGUCAUGUGAGCUCACCUCUCCAUUGGGAUGAUUUGGAUUGAUCUACAGCUAUUUUUUCGGCCGUGUGCUUCUACAGCCUCUUAUCUUGCCCGCUGCCAUGUUGAAAUGACUCAAUUUCCGACUAGCUAUUUAAAAUUAAUAUUUUUUUCAUUUCCCUUUCUCUGUAAACGUGUUCACUGCUUUUGUAUGGUAUAGUCUAUCCAACAGAUCAGGCAAACUAUCUAGACGACUUGAAAUCUACGUGAAGGGCUAGAUUGCAAACACACCUAUAUGUAUAUCAUACAUUGGGAAAUUUCUAGGAAACAUAAAAGUCAUAUUAAGACCUUACUUAUCCUAUUUUGUUUUUAUUUUUAAUCCAUUUCAACUCUACACCGUGGUGAAACAAUAGGCUUAGUUACACAUCAAAGAGCAUGACACAGAGAGAGCUUCAGCUCCUUAAGAUUGUUAGUAAACCAUUGUGAUAGUUAUACCAAGGUAAAUUAAGAUCCAAAUGGCAGAUCAACUCUAUUAUGACCUAUGAGUUGUUCAGUUCAGUGCUUCAUUAUUGUAAUAUUCUAUCUACUUUGUCCUCCUAUACAGUUUUCAUCUGUUAUAUGAGGCUACGUACCGAUGUAGGAUUAUCAAAUCCAAUUCUUGAGUUGUAUUUAGAAGUUUAAGUUGUUUUCUUUAAUGAUAUGCUUCUCAUUUUCUUUCUCAAUUUUGUUGAUUAGGUGCAAAAUGGUGAAAACAGCAGACAAUAUUGGAUUCCCUUGGCAUCGAGCUAGCCUGAAAUACCCAUGGAGCCAGGAAAAGGAACGUCGAGGAAGAAGCAAGAGAGAAUAGAGCAGGUUGCAAAUUCCAGUCUCUCCAAAAACUUUGUACUGGGGACUUGGGACAACGAAUCGAUGUCUGGUGCUUGCUUCAACUUCGUGCUUUUGGAAUAUGGUAAUGGGGAAUGUGGUGAGAAGGCUAUGAAGGUCUUCCUUUUCUGUAGCAGCCGUCUAAUUUCCUACACUGAACUCGACUCUCGGAUUUUGUCAGAAACAAAAGUCAUUGAAGAACAGUAAAAAAGGUAAGGAUCUGAUGAGUAUUCAGACGUGAUUUGAUGAUUUGUUUUCAGUUCUCCCAGCCCUGUGUCCAUUACAAUUUGACAGUUGUGAUGUCACAAUUCCUCUGCAUUGUCUGGAAAGUGGAAUUGUUAUUUCUGUGCUUUGUUCAUCCAUGGUUCUUUUAUGAGGCAGAAUGUAACAAUAUUUAUAAGUAAUAGCAGGUUUACUUCUUAGUUAUUUAAUCAUUUUUAUCCUUGAUCUGAUAAUAGGUUUUCUCAGCAUCAACAUAUUUUCCUCUCUGGUUUUGUUUUCCCUUUGUUGAAUGUGAUGUGAAACGCCACUUAUGAUGCAAUUAAGCCUGCAAAGGCUGGGAUUGAGGAGCCUCAAGUGCAAACUGACAUUUAGGCAAAAAAUGGUAGAAGUAAAGACGGUGAUGGAUGCCGCUGUCCAGUAAGCCUUUUUCCCUACCAUUUGUUUCGUUGGCGAAACUCGCGUGUUCAAUGCGCACUGUUUUCAAGUAAGCACAAACACACAGUCAGCAAAACCGUCAAAUAUCUGCCGCCGAAUGUCGGCGCCGUUGAUUUGAUCGAUUAAAACAGAAUUCAGGACGACCGUCAAAUAUCCACCGCCGGCGUCGGCGAUGUUGAUUUGAUCGAUACACCUUUGACUUCUAAUCAAACAACUGUUAUUCAGUUCACCACCUCUCCAAACUAUGUUCGAACGAGGGUGUUCGGCGAAUAACCAGAAAAUCGAACCAGGAGUUCUAAGUUACGUUACCUCUACUCCUAUGGAGGUUCCUCUGGAGAGCUCCGCAACUAUGACUACAACUACUACGACUCUGCAGAGGAGGUCUUUGACAGAGCGGUUCUACGAAACUACGGAGAUAAACUGAUAGAUCUGCGACGGUGCAGUUUGAGAUUUGAUUUUGCCUUCCCUCGCUUCUCUCUCUUCCCAAUCUUUAUACUUCGCGCUUCUCCUCGUCGUAGUAACUAUCUUCGCGCCUUUGUCUCCCACGUCUCCCACGUCUUCACUCUUAGUCCAUCAAACAACGUCGUUCUCUACUCUUGCGCCGCCGUUGUGCUUGGCGGGUCGCCUUUGGCCGAACACUUACCCACUACCGAGGUAUAUUUUACUUUUUCCGCGACAUCGCUUUUCCUUAAACGAUACCGUCUAAAGUAAUCACAAAUACUAAUUAAUUAAUCCAUCCCACAUUGUUAACUCGCCGUCAAACUCUCACCCCUCGGCACCAUUCUUAGUUAAACAACAUUGUUUCCUUUUCCCACGAGGUCGUUGAGCUUUUGAGCUUCGCGACAUUGUUUUAAUUUUAACACUGUCAUUUUAACUGUUGCGGCAUCGUUUGGCCUACUCGCGGUAUUGCUUUAUAAUCCGCGGUGUCGUUUCUUUCCUCUUGCGGCAUCGUUUUCAACUAAACGACACCGUCCUAAACACUCAUUAAAAUAUUAAUUGAUCAAUCCACGCGUGUUGACCAACGACAUCAUUAGCGCCAAAACUGCUCCGUUUGCUUUUCCUUACGCGACAUUGUUUGUUAUUUUAAACACUGUCGUUUGCUAGUACAACGGAACCAUUGGGCCUACUCGUGGUACUGUUUUGAAUUUAAACGACACCACUGAUAUAGUCGAAAAUAUUCCAUGGAACCGCCGCCAAUCGGCACUCGCAUUGGACUAGGAGAAUUUUGGUUUAAUUAAUCGGUACCGCUUACCAGGCUCUCGCGACAUCAUUUUUAAAUCCACGGUACCGUUUUACUUCUCCGCGAUGCCGUUGUCUCCAUGCGGUACCGAUUUUCCCCUUCCGACAAGGAAUAAAGAUAAUAAUUAAAA